AUCCCCGGCUUUAGCAAUUAAUCGGUGCUCCCGGAGAGCUGAAAGGCACUGCAGUCUAUGCCUUGCGUCGGGGGCAUCAAUCAUUCAACCGGCGCGCGGCACCGAGGGCGCAGUUGGGAAAGGGGAAACUUUCCCCGCAGAUGAUUUAAGAAACCGAAGCCGCGGCGCAAGCGGGUGGGGAGUCUGGCUGAGCUAUAGAAAUUGACCCAGGCGUGCCUGGCCGGGCUUGAAUUACCGCGGCGAUGCGCCUGCCGCUUCUCCCUGCAGGAGCUGCUGCUGCGCGCUGGCUGGGGGCGAGCGAGGCUGCUGCUACUGCUGCCUGCCUCCUGCCCUUGCUGCAAUGAAUGAUGCGGGAAGAGGAGGAGGAGGAGGCGGUGGCCGCCGGCGCUGCUCGGGCGAAGCACAAAUCCACCGCAACUCCUCCAGUAGCAGCAGCAGCAAGGAAAGCGGCUUUGCCUUGGUGAGCUUACAUCACAAUCCCGGCUCGGGCUGCUGUUUCUCUAAGCGGCACGCAGCAGCCGGCGGCCGGCCUCUCCUCCAGCCCCACGCCGGGGAGCCGUCGAGGGAGGAGGGCGCCAGGAUGCCCGCGGUCGGCGGAUCCGACGAGGGCCAGGCGCCCCCUGGAGCCGCGCCGUCGCCCAAGCCUGCCCGCUCCUCGGGCCGGCCGCCGUCUCGUCGGGAAGGCGGCCCCGGCCCGCUGCUGCGCUGGGACGAGGUCCCCGACGACUUCGUGGAGUGCUUCAUCCUGUCGGGCUACCGGCGCCUGCACUGCACGGCGCAGGAGUGCCUGGCGUCGGUGCUGCAGCCCACCAACGAGACGCUCAACUUCUGGACGCACUUCGUGCCGCUGCUGCUCUUCGCCGCCAAGUUCUGCCGCCUGCUGCUGCUGCGCGGCGCCGGCGACGUGCCCUUCCACCACCCGGCGCUGCUGCCGCUCUGGUGCUACGCGUCGGGCGUGCUGCUCACCUUCGCCAUGAGCUGCACGGCCCAUGUGUUCAGCUGCCUCUCGCUGCGCCUGCGCGCCGCCUUCUUCUACUUGGACUACGCCUCCAUCAGCUACUACGGCUUCGCCAGCACCGUGGCCUACUACUACUACCUGCUGCCGGGCCUCAGCCUGCUGGAGCCCCGCGCGCUCAGCCGCUACCUGCAGCAGCGCCUGGGCUGGCACGUGGACUGCAGCGCGCCGCUGGCCGCCUACAGCGCGCUGGUGCUGCCCGUGGCCUUCGCGCUGGCCGUGGCCUGCACCGUGGCCUGCUGCAAGAGCCGCUCCGAGUUUUGCGCCUACCCCUUCGCCAUCCGCACCUUCGUCUUCGUCAUGCCGCUCAGCAUGGCCUGCCCCAUCAUGCUCGAGAGCCUCCUCUUCGACCUGCAGGGCCACAACCCCACGCUCUUCGUCCACUUCUACCGCCGCUACUUCUGGCUGCUGGUGGCCGCCUUCUUCAACGUCAGCAAGAUCCCCGAGCGCAUCCAGCCGGGCCUCUUCGACAUCAUCGGCCACAGCCACCAGCUCUUCCACAUCUUCACCUUCCUCAGCAUCUACGACCAGCUCUUCUACGUCGAGGAAGGCCUGCAGCAGUUCCUGCAAGGGCACGCGCCCGCCUCGCCCACCUUCGCUGGCACGGUGGGCUACAUGCUGCUCUUGAUACUGUGCCUGGGCCUGGUCAUCAGGAGGUUUCUCAACGUCCCGGAAGCCUGCAAACACGAUUGAGGUAGCCUCCCCUUACGGUUUCUGUUGCAGGUCUCCAUCAAAUCGCCCAGAGGGUAUUUUUUAAAAAUUAUUUUAUUUUGCUGGCUUGCCGCAGAAAAACUCAAGGAGGUUAACUCUCUAAGAAGCCCUGGUACCUUUCAGAGAAAGGUGCUAAGAAGAGCACUGAAUUCGUCCAAAUCAAGCACUGAACUCCUUAGGGGAAAAUGAACACUUCUGUUUCUCUGGAAACAAAUUUAGAUUUUAGAAAAAGGCGCUCGAGCCGCAUCACUGUAUACAACUUACUCUUAUUUAUUGCUGCUUAGGAUACAAAGAAAAGCCAUUUAGGACCCUUUCCUGAACUCUCCUACAAUUUGAUCCUCAGUAAAUUUUUUGAAAGCAAGCCGCGCCGUCUUACUUUCAACUAAUGUGCCUAGGAUCAAGGUUUCAGGGGAACAAUAUGCAUGGACCAUAUGAAUGCUAUCUACUGAUUUCAGACUGUCUAGGAGAUGUUAUUUCAAUUAGCAAUAUAUGCUAGGCCUGCACUGACAAACUGUUGAGAUUUAAAACCAGAUAAUGCACAUGAUGCAACUCAAGGAUGUGUGUGUGCAUUUUCUGUUAAAGUAUUUUGAAGUCAUAUGCACUGGAACUUGGUUUUCAACACAAGCAGAUUGAGUUCUGUUUCUUUUUGCAUUAACUUGCCUUGGCCCCAAGGCAAAUGCAGUACUUAAAACUUCUGUAUAGAAAUACCUUUAAGUAACUGUGAACUAUAGUGGAACUGGGUUAUAAUUUGAUCAGAAGCUGUUGGUUAAACUGUGAGAAACAAAAGGUGAGCAGGGAACAUAGCCAGCCCAACCUCAACACAUAAAACCCGCCUCUUGCAAAAUGCUUUAUACAGUCAUACCUUUAUACAGAAUGCCCUGUGAGUCUAAUGUUUUGGCUCCCGAACGAUCGAAACUCGGAAGUGACUGUUCCGGUUUUCAAACGUUCUUUUGGAAGCCGA